GUUGUAAGUUGCCUACCGUGGUUUACGAUCCACAGUUGUAGUAGUACUGGAUUAGAUUUACUUUUUACUUUAGUCAACAAAGAUCGGUCGUUGAGUCGUGUUGAUUGCAAUUACUAACAUCAAAACUCGUCAGUGAAAGCAAUUAUUCAAAUUUCAAAAUGAAGCUUUUGUUCUUUACGGUUUUACUACUAUUAUAUGUUGGUCAUUGUAUGUCAGCUAAUAUAUUAGCAUUUUUGCCUACAUUUGCUAGAAGUCACUAUGGCGGUUUCCAACCAUUAUUGAAGGAGCUUGCUGUAAGAGGUCAUAAUGUUACUGUUUUAUCACAUUUUGCUCUUAAAAAUCCACCACCAAACUAUCACCAUAUUGAUGUUUCAAUAAAAGAUAGACAAGACAAUAAUUUUAGCAUGUUAUCUAUUGCACCAUACUUAAAGCCAUUAUUUAUUCCUAUUGGCUUUUUGUUUUUUGGAAGUGAAAUAACACUUGAAACAUUGAAUAACACAAAAGUUAUGGAAUUUAUUCAUUCAGAUGGCUAUCAGUUUGAUGUUGUAAUUUUUGAAAACUUUCAACAUGAAUGCUUUGUUACAAUGAGCCAUAAAUUUGGUGCCCAUGCUAUCCAACUAUUCCCAGCUACACCAAUUGCUUUUCCCUCACAAUGGUAUAGUCAACCCUUUAAUCCUUCUUAUAUUCCAGAUCCUAAUUCUGGGUACAAAGAUCAUAUGACUUUAUAUGAGCGAACUAUAAAUUUUCUUGUUAUGUGCCUCCAAUUUUUUUUGUUUCCAAUAUUUUACAUGCCUAAACAAAAUGAAAUCAUGUUGAAGUAUUUUAAUUAUACUGGUUCAGAAUCCAGACCAUCGUUGGAAGAAAUGAUGAAAAAUGUUUCAUUAACAUUAAUAAACACACACUUUACUUUAGGGACACCCAGGCCACUUGUUCCAAGUUUUAUAGAAGUUGCUGGAAUGCAUUUAAAGCCUUCUUCAAAAUUACCUAAAGAUUUAGAAGAACUUAUGGAUAACUCACCUGAUGGUGUUGUAUAUUUUAGUUUUGGAUCUGUUGUCAAAGGUAGUCAUUUGCCCACGCAUCAAGUAGAAAUGUUCUUGCGCCAACUAGGCCAAAUCAAGCAAAAGGUUUUAUGGAAAUGGGAAUCUGAUAAUUUACCAAAAUUGCCACCAAAUGUAGUAGUUAGAAAAUGGUUCCCACAAGUUGACAUUCUUGGGCAUCCUAAUUGUGUGCUUUUCAUUACUCAUGGAGGUAUACAUAGUGUUGAAGAGGCAGUUUACUAUGGAGUUCCAAUGUUGGCCAUAUCUGUUUUUGGAGAUCAACUGUAUAAUUCGAUAAUGAUGGAAUCUAGAGGAGCUGCUAUAAGAUUAAAAUACACAGAACUUACUGAAGAUCGUUUUGAAAAUAAUUUACACCAAAUUCUUAGUAAUACAUCGUACAAAGAAAAUGCAAAAAAAUUAUCUAAAAUAUUUCAUGAUCAACCAAUGAAACCAUUAGAUAAAGCAGUUUACUGGAUUGAAUAUGUUAUACGCCAUAAUGGUGCUCAUCAUCUGAAAACUGCUGGAAACAAACUUAAUUGGUUCCAGUUUUUGUUAAUUGAUGUGAUAUUUGUGGUCAUAAUUACUAUAUUUUUAUUUAUAAUUAUUUUUUUUCAUACCAUAAAAUUGAUCACUAAAUGUCGCAAGUACAAUACAGGAAUUAAUGAUGAUAAAAAAGAUAAAUAAAAAUUGAACAAUUGUACCUACCAAUUAAGUAAUCUAAUAUUUAAUUAUAAAUUCAACUUUUAUGAAAAUUUUGAUUGUAAUUUUAAUAAAAAAUUAUUAUAUGCAGGUUUGUAGCUAGAAUUGCUUAGGUGU